AUGUUGCGUCUCAUCCCCAUCAUAUCACUCGCUACGAGCGCCCUCUCCCUAUCAAUCAAAUCCCCAACCUCCAACGCCAAUGCUGAUCCAGUCCAACUCCCCCUAGUAAUCUGGCACGGUCUAGGCGACGACUUCGAACGCGACGGCCUAAACUCCAUAGCCGAUCUAGCCGAAACCACAAACCCCGGAACAUAUGUACACAUAAUCAGACUAGACGAAUCAGCCAGCGGCGACCGCCAAGCCACAUUCUUCGGCAAUGUCAGCGCCCAACUGGAAACAGUCUGCGCCCAACUAGCCUCAGACCCGAUCCUAAGCACAGCACCAGCAGUCAACGCCUUAGGAUUCUCCCAAGGAGGCCAAUUCCUCCGCGGCUACAUCGAACGCUGCAACAGUCCGCCCGUCCACAACCUAGUCACAUUUGGUAGCCAACACAAUGGUAUAUCUGAAUUCCAGUCGUGCGGACUAAGCGACUGGUUCUGUAAUGCGGCCGAGACUUUACUGCGCGCAGGGACAUGGGCGGAUUUUGUGCAGUCGCAUGUGGUACCUGCACAGUAUUUCCGGGAUCCAGAGGAGAUCGAGCCUUAUCUUGAGCAUAGUGCUUUCUUGGCUGAUAUUAACAAUGAACGCGCGGAGAAACAGGAGGUUUAUAAGAAAAGGCUUUCGUCUUUAAAUAGAUUCAUUAUGUACAUGUUUGAGGAUGACACUGUUGCUGUGCCGAAGGAGAGUGCGCAUUUUGCUGAUGUCAAUGGGACGGAUGGGACUAUUACGCCGUUGCAGAAGAGGGAUAUCUAUGUGGAAGAUUGGAUUGGGUUGAAGAUUUUGGAUCAGCAAAAUAAGUUGGACUUUAGGACUACUCCUGGUGAGCAUAUGCAUCUUUCUGAUGAGGUUCUUGAGAAGUCUUUUAAGGAGUUUUUCGGUCCUGCGGAUUCUGUUGUUGUGCAAGAUGAGGAGGAUGAGUCUUUGGGUUUGAUUGCGCAGCCUGCUUAA